UGUGUGUGUGGUGUGUGUGUUGUGUUCAUCGUGUGAGGUCAGAGGUCAGCUUGCAGGAGCCUGUCCUCUUCUUCUAUGUGCACCCAGGGGAUGGGACGGGAAAGACAGGCUUAGCAGCAAGUGCAUUUACCCACUGAGCCGUCAUGCUUGUCCCUAGUCCUUUAGUAUCAGGGCAAGUGACAUCCCACAGCAGAGACCCAGUACUUCCAGUGCUAUCUUAAAACUGGUUUGGGUCUCAGAGAGCCUCUGAAAGGCUCUUCAGAUCCCGUGCACGCCCCUGGUAGCACAGACUUCAGGAACCGCAGGUGUACGUGUGCUCACAGUGGUGGGGCUGUUUCCUCCUAGCUAUUCUGAGCACCACGAAACUUCCUUACAGGGAUCUGAGUGGCUUCCAGAUCCCUCACUCAGGAAAGCACCUUGUCAGGAACCCUGAGUAAGAUACUUAGCCGCCUUCUCCAAGAAAGCUGUUGGGAACUGGGAAAAGCAGCUGUAACAUUUUUAUUAUUACAGUCACUUAAGGAGCUACAAUUUAGAAUUCCAUAAAGAGCUGUUAACAUGCCUCCACCAUGGGACCUGAACCUGGCCCCAGUCCUCUCCCAGGAGGGGCUCUCCUCCUAUGUACAUUAGAGGCAGGGUCUUGUUACCUAAAAAUCCCGGAAUCACCACGCGCCUAUAGAGUCUUAAGAACUUAAUGCCAUCUUCCUGUCUCUGCCUCCUGAUUGCUUUGAUUACCAUGUUCAGGGUUAUUAUUUUGUUGUUGUUGUUUUGUAUCUGUUUUUCGAGACAGGGUUUUUCUGUGGCCUUGGAGGCUGUGCUGGAACUCACUCUGUAGACCAGGCUGGCCUCAAACUCACUGAGAUCCACCCACCUCUGCCUCCCGAGUGCUGGGAUUAAAGGCAUGUGCCACCAACGUCCGGAUCGUCUUUAUUUUUUAAUCUUUGCCAUUUUUGCUUCCUUAUUUCAUAUUUACAGACGCAAAGCCUUGAACCACUGUAGUAUAUAAUAAAUAAUUUAUUUUUAUUUUUUUGUUUUUCUUAAACUAAAAAUGUCUUUACCCGCCUUGGCCUUGUCUUGGGUGUUGUAACCCUGUUUUAUUUGGAGGAAUCCUUCCCCGCAAGGUCUGUGAGGACAAUGUGCCCACGAAGCUUGCUUACCUUGCAAGGGAGUCUUUCCUUUCUGUUUCAGUGUGGACUUCAUCCUUCUCGGAAGUCCUUAGGUCCACUCUUCCCUCGGUCUGAUUUAUUUCCCAGUCCCCAUUUGGGGGCAACGAUCAAAAUCCUCCCAUUGAAGAGGAUUUUCAUAGAACAGCUGAAUCCCGCUUGGGUCAUCAGUGGCAAAAGUCCACACGUGUGUGCUUGUCUGGGCGCCAAGAGUAACUUUUGCAAACGCUGCCUCGGGAAACUCCAUGGUUCGCUGGCUGCCGCUGCACCGUAGAGAAUAUAACAAACCCCCAAAACAAGCAGGAGUGGAAAAGGCCUCUUUGAAGCGGUGAGACAUUAAAGAGUCUUUGGACGGGAAGAGACCUUGAAAGGACCUUGGGUUUACCCUGCAACUUCAGUCAAUAUCCCACCUAAAUCAUCCCAGGUAGUAGAGAAGACGAAAACCCAGCCAGGGAUUAUGUGGUAAUAUGGAAGAAGAUGGACAAAGACUGUUUAAUGGAAUAAGAAGGUGGCGACUGCGCUAAAACAUGGAUAGAUGCAAACAUGUGGGGCGGUUAAGGCUCGCCCAGGACCACUCCAUCUUGAACCCUCAGAAAUGGCGCUGUCUGGAGUGCUCCACCACGGAGUCUGCGUGGGCCUGCCUCAAGUGCUCCCACGUGGCCUGCGGCCGCUACAUUGAAGACCAUGCACUGAAACACUUUGAAGAGACCGGACACCCGCUGGCCAUGGAGGUCCGGGAUCUCUACGUGUUCUGCUACCUGUGCAAGGACUACGUGCUCAAUGACAACCCCGAGGGGGACCUGAAGCUGUUGAGAAGCUCCCUCCUGGCGGUUCAAGGCCAGAAGCAGGACCAGCCCACGAGGCGUGGGCGGAUGCUGCGGUCCACUGCUGCAGGCGAGGACGUGGUUCCACCGCAGCGCACUCCUCAGGGACAGCCGCAGAUGCUCACGGCUCUGUGGUACCGGCGUCAGCACUUGUUAGCCAAGACACUGCGACUGUGGUUUGAGAAGAGCUCCAGGGGCCGAGCGCAGCUGGAGCAGCGGCGGCGGGAGGAGGUUCUGGAGCGCAAGAAGGAGGCAGCGCGGCAGCGGAGGCGCGAGGUCAAGCGAAGGCUGCUGGAGGAGCUGGCCAGCGCACCGCCGCGGAAGAGUGCACGCCUGCUCCUGCACGCGCCUGGGCCUGUGGCCAUGCGCGCGGCUGCUCUCGCUACCUCCCGGCGCGCGCCCGCAGCUGCCCUCAAGCCACGCCGUCAGCCGGCGAUGGCCCCAGGUGUCACCGGCCUCCGCAACCUAGGCAACACCUGCUACAUGAACUCCAUCCUCCAAGUGCUCAGCCACCUCCAGAAGUUCCGGGAAUGUUUCCUGAACCUCGAUCCUUCCACCUCGGAGCACCUAUUUCCCCAAGCAACCAACGGGAAGGCUCAGCUCUCUGGUAGGCCAGCCAGCACCUCUGCCACGGAGCUGUCGGUAAGGAGCGACCGGGCCCAGGGGUGCGAACCUCAGGGCCUCUGCUGGAACAGUGGAACCUCCAUCAGUAGGAGUCUGGAACUCAUUCAGAACAAGGAACCCAGCUCAAAGCACAUUUCCCUCUGCCACGAACUGCACACCCUCUUCCGAGUCAUGUGGUCUGGGAAGUGGGCGCUGGUGUCGCCCUUUGCCAUGCUUCAUUCGGUAUGGAGCCUCAUUCCUGCCUUCCGUGGCUAUGACCAGCAGGACGCACAGGAAUUUCUCUGCGAGCUGCUGCACAAGGUGCAGCAGGAACUCGAGUCUGAGGGCUCGACGCGCCGGAUUCUCAUCCCCUUCUCCCAGAGGAAGCUCACCAAACAGGUCUUAAAGGUGGUGAAUACCAUAUUUCAUGGGCAGCUGCUCAGUCAGGUUACAUGUGUAUCAUGCAAUUAUAAAUCUAAUACCAUUGAGCCCUUUUGGGAUCUGUCCCUGGAAUUCCCUGAACGCUACCACUGCAUAGAAAAGGGGUUUGUCCCUUUGAAUCAGACAGAGUGCCUGCUCACUGAGAUGCUGGCCAAGUUUACAGAGACAGAGGCCCUGGAGGGAAGAAUCUACGCUUGUGACCAGUGUAACAGCAAGCGACGGAAAUCUAACCCAAAACCUCUUGUUCUGAGUGAAGCUAGAAAGCAGUUAAUGAUCUACAGACUACCUCAGGUCCUCCGGCUGCACCUUAAAAGAUUCAGGUGGUCUGGCCGUAAUCAUCGAGAAAAGAUUGGGGUCCAUGUCGUCUUUGACCAGGUAUUAACCAUGGAACCUUACUGCUGCAGGGACAUGCUCUCCUCUCUUGACAAAGAGACCUUUGCCUAUGAUCUCUCCGCAGUGGUCAUGCAUCACGGGAAAGGGUUUGGCUCAGGACACUACACAGCCUAUUGCUACAACACAGAGGGAGGUUUCUGGGUCCACUGCAAUGACUCAAAGCUGGAUGUGUGCAGUGUCGAGGAAGUGUGCAAAACCCAGGCCUACAUCCUUUUUUAUACUCGAAGAACAGUUCAGGGCAGUGCGAGACUCUCAGAACCCCAACUCCAAGCUCAGGUGCAGUCCAGCAGCAAGGACGAAGGCAGAACAUACACAUUCCCCUGACUAGGAGACAUGCAUCAAAAUGCCCUUACAUUUUUCCUCUUGGAUAAUAAGGCUUGCCACAGGAACAAAUUGCUGGGUUUGCCUCACUGGGCCUAGAGGAGACAAUGCCAGGUGAUUCCUGCCCUGUCAAAAAUUGGUAGUCACUUUCUUUUGAAAUCUUUUGGAAAUUCCCUCCUUUCAUAAAACAAAUCUAAAGGA